CAACAACUAUCUUAUUCGAGAUGUUUAAGAUUCACGACAUGGUUCGAGCGGAGAUUUUGGAUCGGAUUUUAUCAAGCAUUGUAUCAAAAGCUUCCAGUGCAGAAAACUUUCUAAAUUUACUUGAUAUGAUCGUGAAGGAAGCACCUAAUUCCAUAGCAAAUUAUAUUCCAAAAAUUAGAGGGACUCUUGAUUAUCUAACUUAUCUUCCUCCCAACAUCACCGAUAAGCUGUUAAAAGCUUUGCAACCAAUAAUAUUUGCGAAUCAGUCAUUUCGUGAUGGUCUCAUGAUUGUUCUACGCAAGGGGAUGUCUACGAAAGAUUUAGACGGAAGGCGCGCA